CUGCCCGCAGCCCUGCGAUCGCGCGCUAAGCGCUGCGGCAGGUGACGCGGGCCACCCGCGGCUAGGUGUCCCUGAUCCUGGCCUCCAUCCAUGACCCCCGCCGCGGACCUGCUCCAGGCCGGCCACCCCGUGUCUUGCUUUAUCAUCGGUGUUUAACACUGAAUCAUGGGGAGGAAGCUGGACCUGUCUGGUCUGACCGACGAUGAGACAGAGCAUGUUCUCCAGGUGGUUCAGAGAGACUUCAAUCUUCGCAAAAAGGAAGAAGAAAGACUAAGUGAGAUGAAGCAGAGGCUGGAUGAAGAGGGCAGCAAGUGCAGCAUCCUCUCAAAGCACCAGAAGUUCGUGGAGCACUGCUGCAUGCGCUGCUGCUCGCCCUUCACCUUCCUGGUCAACACCAAACGCCGCUGCGGGGACUGCAAGUUCAACGUCUGCAAGAACUGCUGCUCCUACCAGAAGCACGAGAAGACGUGGGUCUGCUGUGUCUGCCAGCAAGCCAGGCUUCUCAGGACUCAGUCUCUGGAGUGGUUCUACAACAAUGUGAAGAGCCGCUUCAAGCGUUUUGGCAGUGCAAAGGUCCUCAAAAACCUGUAUCGGAAACACCGUCUGGAGAGUGGCGCCGGCUUUGACAUCCUAGGAGGAGGUGUGUUUGAGCCAAACCUGGAGAAUGAAGGCAGCGUUUCAGGCAGUGACUCAACAUUCUACAGGCAGUCUGAAGGACACAGCAUGAUGGAUACAUUGGCUGUGGCUCUACGCGUGGCUGAAGAGGCCAUUGAAGAAGCCAUUUCCAAAGCUGAGUCACAUGGGGACAGCCUGGACAAACAGAAUGAGGCCAGUUACCUUCGGGACCACAAGGAGGAACUGACUGAAGAGCUGGCCACCACCAUCCUGCAGAAGAUCAUAAGAAAGCAGAAGAACAAAGCUGAGCCACAGGCAGAGGAGGACCCAGAGUGGCUACAGCCCCGCAGCUGCAACAUGAAGGCCAGGGGUGAGAGGAGCACAGCGCCCCCAGGAGGACGCCGAGCACAUGCCACCCUCUGGCGGUCCCAGUCUGCAUUCUCAUUCACCACAGAAGAUGCUAUGAAGACCUGCUCCGUGGAGGCUUCGUCGAGGCAGCCCAGGGACCGUGGCAAGCAUCUGCAGGAGGAAUCUGCUCUGCCCAGCUGGAAGAGCGUGGAUGGGCUAGACGGAAUAAAUCUGGCCCCAGUUUUACAGAGCACUGAUGGGAACUGGAUGGCCCUGGGGGACAAUGAUACUCAGCCCCCAACCCGCCUGCUGGUCAAGCCCAAGAAUGAAACGUUUCAGGCCCUAGAGAUGGCUUCCAGUGUGGCAUCUGCCUAUGAUGACAUGGGCUCUGACAGUGAGGAAGACUUUGACUGGAGUGAGGCCUUGAGCAAGCUGUGCCCACCAUCCCGGGUCCGGCCCAGGCAACCCCGGCCUCAGCCUGCACAAGCCAAGAGUUCUGGCCAAGGUCCCUCAGCCACCUCUCCCCCAUCUGGCCUAUCCCCCAACCCUGACUCCAUGUGCUCUGAUUCAGAGACCUCCUCCAUAGGCUCCUCUAGGGAAGCUGGACGCCGAGCCAGGAUGUCCUGGCUGCAGAGGAAGGGCCCCAAGAACCUCACAGCAGAGAAGAUGCGCUUCCAGGGAGAGCUGGAUGUGAAUUUCAACCCCCAGACAGCCAGCGGAGAGACCUCAGACAGCAGUGAGCCAGAAGAGACCUCUCACACUGCAGACCAGCGGGCCAGGAGGUGGAGAAGGGCCCAGGUGGGCUCUGAGGAACCAAACACGGAGCUGUCUUCACCCGGUGCCCAUCCCCAGGGUCUGCACAUACAUCAGGUGUCAGACGAUAUGUCAGGGACUGACGUCAGCAAUGAUGCUCAGCAUUCCCUGACCAGCAUGGACACCUCCGAGGAGAAGCUGAGAAACAGAUUUUAUGAAUUAGCCAUGAAAAUGAGUGAAAAGGAGACUUCUUCAGGGGAGGACCAGGAGUCUGAGCCCAAGACAGAAUCUGAGAACAAGAAGGAAAGUCUGUCUUCUGAAGAGAGCAGCCAGAGCGUCCAGGAGGAGCUGAAGAAGGAAAACAGAGAUGCUCUAGCCACUCACCUAGAGCUCCAGCUGUUAUCCACAGUGCUUGAACAGAAGUAUUCUGCUGUUUCUCUCUGCAACAUCUCCACAGAAGUCCUGAAGGUCAUCAAUGCCACGGAGGAGUUGAUUGCAGAGUCUACAGGGCCCUGGGAGUUCCCACCCAUCCCCACUGACAGAGAUAAGGGGACAUUUCCUCUUGGAACAGACCAAGUGAGACUGGAUGAGCAGCUGACCUCCCUGGAAGAAAACGUGUACCUGGCAGCAGGUACCGUGUAUGGGCUGGAGGACCAGCUGAGUGGGCUGGAAGAUGCCGCCCGCAGUAUCCAUAGCGGCACUGGCGAGACUGAGCUGGCCGAGCUGGAGGACCAGGUGGCCGCAGCCGCAGCCCAGGUGCACCACGCUGAGCUCCAGAUUUCCGAUAUUGAGAGCCGGAUUUCAGCCCUGACUGUUGCAGGCUUAAACAUAGCUCCCUGCGUGCGUCUCACAAGAAGACGGGAUCAGAAGCAAAGGAACCAGGUACAAACUAUAGAUACAUCAAGGCAACAGAGGAGGAAACUGCCCGCUCCACCCGUGCAAGCUGAAAAACUUGAGGCAUCUUCAGUGACCCCCAUUAAAACAUUUAACCGCAACUUCCUUCUCCAAGGCUCCUCCACAAACAGGCCUACAGAACGGACAAACAACACCAAGGAUUUGAUGGAGCCUGCUCUGGAGUCAGCUGUGAUGUACUAACACCACAGAAUCCACAGCCAGUGACCCACUGCCUCCGGCCGUACACGACAGUGCCUUGACCCAACAGCCAUGUGAGGAUUUCCACUCGAGGAGAGGGCCUGGGGAGGCCACGGUGCACCGCUGCACGGGGCUGUCCUGAUACCUCACCCAGAAAGCAGUCUCAGAUAUCAGCGCUGAGGUCUCGCCCACUCUCUGCCUUAGGCUCCCAGGGGAAUCCGAGACUGAACACCUGGACGCUGGCUUCCAGCAGCAGAGCUCCACGUUCAAAAGAUGCAUGGUGUCCCUGUUUAAUUUGCUACUGUGCACUGUGUUUAUGAUGUCUUUCUGUUUUCAUCCCUUUGAUUCAACUAGAACACCAGGUCAAGAGUUGGUUUAAUGGAAAAUUGUUGGAGGGGAAGGAAGGUGGGGGUCAUUACCAGAUGUUUCAUCUUGCUUACUCACAUCCCAUAAGCACCUUAAUCUUACAGAUGCUAAGGGAAAGAGGGAAAAUAUCCUUUAAUUGGGAAUCACUCAACCACCACCUCCCCCACUAAGUUCCCAUCCACCAUAUUGCCAGUCAUCCCCAUCACUUGCCAAUCGCCAGCCACAGAGUGGAAAACUCUGAUCCACCCAUACCAUACCCAGGUCUAUCUGAAACCAUAUCUCAUCCUGAACUUGGGGUUCUUGCAUGGACUUACUGAGAGUGUCUUCAUUCUCAGGGGGCGAGGCCUGAGGGAGGCUACCAUCAGUCUAACUUUAGGGCACUGUUCAGGAUCCACAGGACAUGGCUUAGCCAUGACCAAUACUGAAAUGAGAUUUGGGUUAAAUGAACUAUUGAAAAAUAGAACCGCAGGAGAAAAUUUUUUCCAUCCUCCAAAAUUUAUUUGCCAAUGAAUUUAGUGAAAUAAUAGCAAGAGGGUGAAAACCGUUAGGGUGAAAACCUUAGAGAAAAUGUGAAUCUAACAGACACAAGAGGUGACCCUUACUCCAUGUUUGCAGUCUGGAAUGCAUGAGUGUUUAGAGUGUAUUUAUGCAGCAAAUGGACUGAGACUCAGCUCUACUCAUUGGGGACUAGCAACACAUUUUUAAUGUUGGCUCCUCAGGUUUUCUGAAUCGGGGGUGGGGGGAUAGGGGUAUAGUUAGAAGGCAAAGGAGGGAGGUGAUGGGAGCAGGAGGAUGGGUGUCUCUUAGGUUCUGGCUCCCCUUUUCAUCCUUCUAACCACCUUUCUGAUAGGCAUAUAGAAUCAAUAACCAAUAAUGAAGGCCAAACCAGUGAACACAUGGAAGCCACAGCUGUGAGCUAGUUGUAACCGGAAAGUCUCCUGAAAGCCCAGCUCUGUUUAAACCUCGGUGUCCUCUUACUGCUGUGUGCAUUCCCAGAGUUGAUUUAACUGCCUUCCUGUGCUGUGUGAUGGCUCCCGAUGGAGGUCUGCCUAUCUUCCUAUAAUGCUCCUGCUGAUGCCGUGUGCACGUGCGCGUGGGUGUGUGUGUGUGUGUGUGUGUGUGUGUGUGUGUGUGUGUGUUCCUAUAGAAAGAACUCCUGGAAAAUAAACUUUUGGCAUUUUAUCCUGUUGGUGUGGUUCAAAUAAAAAGAAAUUAAAAACACAACAACAAAAGAUCAGACUUCCAAAUAGAAUGUUUUCUUUAAGAGGCAUGAAACUAUUGUUGUUACAGUGUUAAAAUACUCAAUUUUCUUUUGACAAAAACCUGUACUGUGUAA